AUGGGGCAGGUAACCCAAGAUAUCUGCGUAGGCGUUUCCACGGCUCUCACAAUACUCGCAAUCAUUUGUGUCGCUCUCCGACUCUACACCCGUACUUUCAUUGUGCAAAAUACAGGCAAAGAUGACUAUGCUAUGGUAUUCGCGCUCCUGUUCACAGUCGCCUAUCUUGUCGCCAUUUUCAUCUUGCGUGACAAUGGUAUGGGCUUCAGUGGCAAAGUACUGGAGCUCCAACAGAUGUUGAAUCAAAUCCAAGGGACGUUGGCGAUUGAGAUAGUUUACUAUCUCAUCGUCAACGCUAUCAAAAUCUCGAUUCUCUUCUUCUACCUACGCAUCGCUGUCGAGCAAAGGUUUGAAUACCUUUGUAAAGGUACAAUCUACUUUCUGGCUACUUUCGGCGUCGUCUGCGUGAUCGUAUGUCUGGCACAGUGUAUUCCACUCCACAAGAUGUGGGACUUGACCGGGCAGGUUCCAGGCCAUUGCAUCAACACGACAGCGUUCUUCUACACAACGAGCGCUAUCAAUAUCAUCGCCGAUAUAUGGAUUCUGCUUCUUCCCAUACCUACGCUGCUCAAAGUCCAGCGCCCGAGACGAGAGAAACUUGCUCUUCUAGUAAUCUUCAGCCUCGGUGCAUUCAGCUGCAUCGCAUCAAUCGUGCGCCUCUACUCAGUUGGCAUCUACACGGAAUCUAAGGAUCCCUUCUUCGAUAGCGUACCCAUCAACGUAUGGAGCAUGGUCGAAAUUAACGUGGGAAUCCUUUGUGCCUCCAUCCCCGCAACCAAAGCCCUCUUCAGCAAAGCGCAAAGAGGUCGCACGCAAAACGGGUCUUAUGAGUACCAUAGUCGCGAACGCAGCGUCAUGAAAAGCUAUGGCCGGGGUAGCGGGAACAACAAUAGCAACGACAACAGGCAUGAGAAUACCGCUAAAGGCCCCACCGGAGCCGUUAUCCAGAAUGAGUCGUAUGAGCUGAAGGAUGUGGAAGGUGGAGAUCACGAACGGUUUGACACGAGAAAGCAAAAAGGUGAUGGUGGGGCAUGGCACGUUCCUGACUCGGAUGUGGAUGAACAGCGCCUUGUGUGGCCCGAAAGCAGAGUUUAA